CAACCGUACAAAGAAAUCAGCCAUUCAUACAAAAUAAGUGUUUAACAAAAACGCGGUUUACCAUGUAUUGAUUUUUAGCAAAUGCUGAUUCACACAGUGUUAAAUCUAUACAUUCGUUAAUGAUUGAUAGACUUGUUUAGCGAUAUAGUGUCUGUCGUUCUUGAGGAUAAAACUACGACAAUACGAUAUUAGUAAGCGAAAAAUGACAACACUAAGAAACAUUCAGAUAGUCAUUUUAUUGGCAGCAGUCUGCUUAACACAGGAGCCUGAGUGUUCGAGGUUUUACUAUGAGGAAAAGUUGUUGGAGAAAGUGAUCAGAUCGGAAAUCAAGAUGGAAGCGUUUGGCGAUUCAUUGAAAGAGGCAACAAACUUAAUGGAUGUACAGAUGCAGAAAAUUACAGAGUUAACAAAAAAAGUGGAAAACCAACAGCAAGAAAUUGAAUCAUUGAAGUACGUAAAGAGCAGUGGUUUAUACACGAGAUGGGGACGGCGGUCAUGCCCUGGAAAUACUGAGCUGGUGUACGAAGGGUUUGCUGGCGGCGGACAUUACACGCACACAGGGGCAAGCAGUAACUACAUUUGUCUGCCAAAGGACCCUAUCUUUGAAAGAGAUGGACGGAGAGCGACUAACGUUAACAAUGUUUACGGUGCUGAGUAUGAAACAAAUACUGCAACGUUUCACUCGAGUUUACAUGACGAAGACGUUCCCUGUGCCGUCUGCCGUGUUGUAGGAAGAAGCGUUGUCAUGAUUCCAGCGAGGAAUGCUUGUUAUAGUGGAUGGCAAACGGAGUACUCUGGCUACUUGAUGUCGGCUUAUCACAGCCACGCUGGGAACAAGGAACUCGUUUGCAUGGACGGAAAUCCUGAAAAGGCGGAAGGAAGUGAUGCUGGUGAUCAAAAUGGUGCCCUGUUUUACUUUGCUCUAGCUUUUUGUGGUUCUUUAAAAUGUCCCCCAUAUAGCGAGAACAAGGCGUUAACAUGUGUGGUGUGUUCGAAAUAGAUGGAAGACGGUCUUAUUGACGUGGCAUGGAAAUGCGACGUCAGUUUGGAAUAGGUUUCAAUGUUGUAUCAUGGAGGAUCACGUGAUCAAAAUGGACCAGCCAACAUUGUUAUUGUAAAAUAAAAUUAUAAAAUAUGUUUGAUAAAAAGCAACCUUUAUAAAUGAACAAUUGUAUAGCCUUAUAAAAGAAAAAAGAAACACAAAGAUUAAAGCUGCACUCUCACAGAUUGAACGUUUUGACAACUCUUUUAUAUUUUUUGUCUUGGAACGAGCCAAUUUUUGCGAACAUCCACGGAAACCAGUUAUAUAAGAAUGCUGACAAAAAGUUAGAUCGCAGAUGUUUAUAUUAAAGUUCUAAAAAUGAUGUUUUAUGCAUUUUUCUUAAACCGUUUGUAAAGGUUUAAGCCAUAAAAUUAUUUUUCGAACAGACAUAUGAAAAUCACGAUCUGAUUUUUGUCAGCAAUCUUAUAUUAUUGGUUUGCAGAUAUUUACGCAAAAAUUUGCUCUUUCCAAGACAAAAAAUAAAAAAAAGUUGUAAAAUUGGUAUAUCUGUGAGAGUGCAUCUUUGAAAUGAACGUAUGACUUAAACCGUUACUUCAAACUUUUGGACACAUUUAGUGGGUAUUUAAUAACUUGUCCUGUUUAUAGCUUGGUUUACGAAUCUUAGGACCCGAUUCAUCAAAGCUCCGGAGUCUUUAUAUGUGUAAGGCUUACACAACUAUUGAGCAUGACUAUUAAUCUGUUUUUGAAAGACCUACCCAAUCCCGAACAUUCACCUGGACCAGGUUAAGGAGUGUACAUUGGAUUGUAAUGAAAUAGUCUUGAUUACUGUACAUAGUAAACUUUCAAACCAGUUCUUUACCUGUGCCUUUAGAAACAAGACACCCUGCAGCUCGUGAUCCGUUUGUCCUAUUGUUCCAUUUCAUGUAACGUGACCGAAUUCAAUGUCAUGGGGAAAUGUGUAUAACUAAACUGAAAAGAAGGUUCGGAGGACGUUUUGCUUAUUUAAAAUAUUCUGAUAUUUCAUAAAUGGGUAAACUUGAAAAUUCAGUUACAAUUCAUUACACAUAACAGUAUGAAAUAUAUAAAGUAGGAACUGUACGUAGCCUAACUAUGCAAUACGCAUGGCAGUAUACUUGUCUAAUUACCCUCCUUUACUUCAAUUAAUAUAAUUUAGCUUUCUAUUAAAAUAUUUUAUGAAAUAACAGUGUGAGUAUGAUCAUUUUGUUUAAAAAUAUUUUAAACGAAAUACUUCGUAGUUUUAAUAUGAAAAGUAUUAGUAUAUAAAGCAACAUGGUAUACUUAGCAUUAGCGUUGAGAAUCGGACAGAAAAAUUAUUAUCGAUAAUCGGUUCAUGAAACCGAUCAAUGAUCGAUUAUUAAUCGAUUAAAUAAUAGUUUAAUAAUUUUUGGUCAUCACAUUUAAGGCAUGCAGAUACAGUACAUGCACCAUGUUUAAGCACCAAUGUUCCCUUACAAUAUUGUUUGUACAUUUCUUUGUAUAAAUUACAUUAUUUAUUCAGAAGGCAACUACCUUUUAGUGUUUACGAUUUAGUAUUACAGUGAAACUGCGUUCCCUCAAACAAGCGGUCGUUCGAGAACCGGCGUUCCCUCGAGGUCGGAGCUAAGUCCCGAACUUUUUUUCUUCUAUUUUCAUAUAAAAUAUACCCACGCUGCAUCGAAACCUAAUUAUGCGAGCAGUCGAGCAAUAUCCUCGGUCCCAAGUACACAAAUCGUGCACAAAACCUUAUGGCUCCCUCGUGGACAUAAUUUCACACUUUUUUCCCAAACGCGUGUUCCAAAAUUAACAAACAAUUGCUAGGUGUUAAAAUUUUCGCAAGUUGUAAAAAUUGCAAUGACAGUUGAAAGGCAAUUUGAUAAUGUGUGAAAAACCGUUUUUCACUAUUAACGCAUGACCGAUAUUAGUUUAUAUGGGCAUUUGAGAUGAUAAUUAUGAGAAGUUAACGCUUUAGAUGUGGUCAGAAACCGACAAGAUGCGCCAAUCAACAAUCCUUGAUUUUGCGAAACUUAAAUCUGACUAAUGCCACAAUAUGUACUGUCAUUCAAAUGUUGCUUGUUACGAAAAUGUGCUUUUUUGUUAAAAUAAACAUUUCUAUUUAUUCAUUUAUUGUUUUUUCUUCUGCGUUUUACAUUUAUUUAGUUUACGUCAACCUUUGAACAUAUUAGCGAUUUUUACAAUGCAACACAUAAUCGGUGUCUUAGUAAACAGUCUGUUUAACGACUUCAAACUUAAAAUGCAUUGAAAAAUAUUUCAUAUCAAACUGGAAAAUUGAAAAUCGGGUCGUUCGAAACAUCGGUUCGAUCGCAGUUUUACUGUAAUUACAAAACAUGAUACCACAUGCUAUAUAUUUGGUUUACAUUUAGUAUGGCAUACAUGUGUAAAAUAAACCAAAAAAUAAGAUAUCACAAUUGUAAAAUAAACCAAAUGAAAGAUA